UGUAUACUUUUUAGGAUGAAUUAGGAGAAUAAUUUAGAAUUUCGACCACUACUAUAUAUAGUCAUGUUCGCUGAAAUUUGAUCAACUACAUGUAAACUGCGACAUGGCAACCGACGCGAUUGUAAUCAGAGACCCCAAACCUUACGUUGUGGAACAGAACACCGUGACAUAUACACUUGGUAAUAGUUUCUUUAAACACUUUCAUUGUUUACUACUAUAUGCUUCAUUUCUAUACAUGUAAGAUAUCUUUUGAGUUUUUGAUGUUGUGAGCAUGUACUUGUCAACCAAAAUCCGAUUUUAGAUAGACAAUCUAAACAGAAGACUAUAAUGGCAGAAAUUGUAGAGUUUGACUCACAGGGAUGGAAUCAGAUUCACAGGGCAGCUCAUGGAGGUUAUAUACUGGAAGUGGACUUCAAUUUGAAUGAAAACAGGGAUUUAUUAGAACUGGAAACAAAAGAUGACAAGCUGAUGACACCGUUUUUGUGCGCUGUUGACGGGAAUAAAAUGAAAGCAGUGAAAUAUCUACUGGAAAGUGGUGCGCGUACGGAUGUGAUAAACGCACAGAAUCAUGGAGCUGUGGAAAUAUGUGCAUUAAAGAUAUACAUAGAAAUGCUAAAAUAUCUUAUUGAGAUCGAUAAUCCAAUGAUUCCAGUUUGGAAAAAUUUGAUCCGUUUUUUUGAUUCCGAGAGCGAAGAAGAGGCUGAAGCAGCAGGGAAAUGUCUUCGGGUACUAACUGAUCGUUUGGAAAACGGUAAUAUAAAUCCUUCAUGGGAACAAUUUUACAACAACGGCGGUGUAAAUGUAGUUAUUCGUGUUGCAAGAAGUUCGCUAAGUGAUGAAGCAAAAAUUCCAGCAUUUCAGACACUUCUGAAUCUGAUAGAAAGACUAGAAGUUCAAGAACAAAUCUCGUCAAGUGGCGGGAUUAUCGCAUUUAUUACCCUUCUGAAGUCAACCAACCACUAUGUUAUACAGUUGUCUGCAGAAAUACUUGAUUCGCUUGCAAAGAAUACAACCUACGCAUUGCAAAUUAGUCAAAACAAUGGUAUUCCGGCUUUAGUUAAAGUUCUCCAAGAUAUCCACGACUACGAAGUAUUGAUCCCCGCAGUACACUGCCUUGGUAACCUCGCAGAAUCAGAGACAAAGAUUCAAGCUCAAGUAGGAACUUCGCACGGUUGCAUCCCACAAUUAGUAGUUCUGUUUGAAGAAUUUCAUGAGCACAGUUUCUUAGUAACUCUGAGUAACGUUGUUGGAAAAAUUGCAAACAACGAUGAAACCAAUCAAAAUAAUUUUAUUAAUGCUGGAAUUGUUCCUCAUAUUAUAUCUCUAUUAAGCAUAAGAAGCAGCAGAGAUAUACAAAUGUCUGCAGUCGACACCAUAUACAAACUCUCUAUAGGAAAUGAUUCGACACAGAAGGCUAUGGUUGGAGAAAACAUUCAUGAACACAUGCUGAAAAUGUUGCGAGUGACACGAAUUGUUGUUAUCCAAGAAAAGACAGCUCUUGCGCUUUGGGCUAUUUCGGGUUCAGACUUCGAUAUAAAGCGAUACAUUGCAGAACAGAUCGGAGUAUUUUUAUUAGUACAAUUUGCAAAUGCUUUAUCUUCAGAUAAACUUCAUUUUAUGGGAUCAGAAUGCUUGUGUAUUUUAGCACAAGGUCCCUUAAAUUACCAGACAGAAAUAGCAAAAUCUCACGGAAUACCAGCAUUGCUGAAACUUCUCAGCUCUUCAAAGGUUUACAUUGUAUUGAGUGUUAUACGGACGUUACGAUUUAUUUGUCUUGGUGUUGGAUAUGUGCCAAACCGAAACAAUCAGAACACAUUGUUACGUCUGGGGUCUAUAAAAAACUUAAUGGCAUUGAUGGUCCUUUCCGAAGAUGAGACCGUACAAAUUGAGGCAGCCAUUGCACUUGCAGCUGUUUCUUUAGGUAACCAGCACGUGCUUGAUGAAAUCAAGAAAUUUCCAGAAUUUACAUAUGUUCGGAUUCUUAAACUUAUGUACUCAGCCGAUCCAAAUGUACGACUCCUAGCAGGUUUAGCUCUUGCUACAUUUGCAUACAACAAUCUGGCGGAACAGAAAGAAAUAGCAGAACAAGGAGGUGUUAGGUUUAACAGUUUCCGCCCAUUCCUCCACUCAGAGACAGAAUUAUUCCGGUGUUUAGGUGCUUUUCAGGUUGUAGUUUUAGCAAGAAUCAUACCGGACACUGAACAGGCUUUAUCGUCUGCUGCUGGAAUCAAAUUACUUAUAGAUCUGGUACAGGAUUCAACAGACAAUGAAAUUUUAGCGUUAUCUUGCGAUUGUAUUGCCAGACUGUCUCAUACAAGAGCAGGAAUUCCGUCUGCAUUCCUCUCCAUUGACACAGUAGACCAUCUUUGUCACUUACUUCUGAAAAAUGUUGAACAAGUCCGAGGAUGUGCAGCCAUUGCACUGGGUUAUUUGUCAUUUAAUCAUACUGGCGAACGACAAAUACUCAACAGAUGUAGAGCAAAUCCAUAUAGGAUGAAAAUUCUACUACAUUAUACUCAAAGAAGUAAAAUAAGUCCAGCAAUGUUGGAAGGUUGGAGACAUUACAGAAAAGUGGGUCUGCCUCCUAUUGAUGAAGAUCAGCAAAAUCUGAUUGGUUAUAACCCACCAGGAAAUGGACCAAUCACACCAAGUGAUGAAACUAAUCAUUCAAGCAAUACCAGUCCAGUAACACAAUAUCUGGCAGGGAAAGACAGCCGCCUGACCAACAGAACCUCUAGGUCUGGAUCAAAACAACAUGAAGAAGGAACUAUAACAGGGACAUCUCUACUGCAUACUGAAGCAUCCUUCAAGUCGAGUAACCUCUCAUUGGAUUUAGUGGAUUCACUCCGAUCAACUUCUACAGAUACAAAAUCUUGACUGCCUCAUUUGGAUUGAACUAAUAUAUAUGGUCUUCAACUUAUUCACCUGAGAUUGUUUUCAUAAAAUAUCAUACAAGAAAAAAAUACUGUUUACGUCAAGAACAUUUCCUUUCAGCUUUUUGUCAACAUUAAAUGUAAGAAUUGUUUGUAAUAUAAAAAUAAGGAGAUGAGGUAUGAUUGCCAAUGAGACAACUAUCCACCAAAUUUCAAAUAAAGUGGAUGUAAGCAAUUAUAGGCAACCGUACGGCCUUCAACAAUGAGAAAACCCCAUACCAUAUAGUUGGCUAUAAAAGGAAAAUCUUUCUUAGCAUGAUUGUAUUUUAAAGUAAAAAUUAUGUACCAUUUACAAAGAUACAGGAUAUUUUAUAGAUUUAUGUUGACUGUCUCAUUCAAAUGAUUAAAAAAAAAAAAGAUCACCAAUUAGGGCCCCAAAGAAUACUUGUCUCCUGUAUAGGAGGGUCUAGAUGAUGGUCCUUCAUUUCUGUUUUCUUUAAUUUUUUAUGUCAUUUUUCUCUAUUGUUUAUAUUUUAAAUUUAUUUAUUUCAGAGUAUUUUUUUUCUACAUAGAACAUAAAUUCAGCUGCUUAUAUUAAGCAAAGGGCAUAACAGAAUGAGUACAAAACUAUAUUUUUGAAAUGCACAAAUAAAAAUUGAGAAGUAUGCAA